AUGUCAAACUCACAUACAUAUUUCUCGUUCUGGGAUCGGCUCCCUUCUCUCAUCUCAGGCAUCAGAUACAAGGAACGACAACUUGUGAUUCUGGGACGUGCAUCUCGCAGCAAGAUGCAAUACCAAGACCAACAUACAAGAGCCAGAGGCGAAAACAUUUCAAGUGUAGCCACAACAGCUCCCCCGUCGGAGAACAUCACUACGAGCUUAGAUAUGUCUACUGGUCCUUCCAAAGGCACGUUGCUCUCAGGCUCCACAUUAAGAGACUGGAACUAG